AAGGAACUAAGUGGUGGUUUUUAACAAUUUUGCGCUUGGUGUUUGAGUUCACGCACAAAUCUUUGGUUUUCUGCAAUUCCUGUUUUAGUGAAUUCCAAUUGAAAGGGUAGAAUUAAUUAUAUCUAUCAGUAAUUUCUACUUGAAAUUAGGGGAGAUGAAGUUUGUGGGUCUACAAGUGCAUUUGUGUCCAUUUUGGUGGCCUCGUUUACUUUGAACUGUCUCUUGCAGGCUUGCAACAAUGUUGCUUCUCAGAUUUGCUUAUUCUAGAAAAAUUAUUUGAUGAAUGGACAGGCUGAAUGUUUAGCUUUCUUUUGGUGUAGAUUUUUACAGGGUAGAUGUUCUGAGUCCUUUUUAUAUUUCCUCAUUAGUAUGAUGCUACUCCAGAAACGGAGCAGUUUAUUUGCUUGCUCAUAUUUGGUGUUGGUGGCCAUUUAUAUCAAAUCAAGUUUUAUGAUUUUACUAUUUUAGUUUCAUAUUUGGGGUGCAAAGAGAUUUUAUAGUUCUAGAAUACCUGUUCAGAAAUGUAAGGUUGCAAGUAUUGGAGAUAGAUUGCAGAUAAGUGCACUUUGCUUCAAAUAUCAGGGAUCAUGUCCAUUGUGCAAGUAUGGCUUAGCUCAUGUUCUGCAUAAGCUUUUUUGUUCGGGGUUGUAAUGAUACUAUUCAAUACUAUUCAAUCUGAGGGUUGCCAACUUUUAUUACGUGGAGAGAAAUGGAAAGAUGCCAUUAUAACUCUAUAAUUGAGUUUUUUUCUGGAAAGGAUGGGAAUAUCUUUGCCUGGGAGAGUAGGUUUUUAUUUAAGGCAGAUAAGAUGGUUAGAAUUUUGAACUUGCAGUCAAUAGAGUUUCCCUGUCCUUAGCUGCAACUUCUUAGAUGUCUUGGAAGAAGGAAUUGUUUGGGUGGGUGGACUAUUUCUGGCAUUUCUGUCUACAGGGGUAUCACUAGCUCCUGGAUGUUGUUUCUUAUCUCUUUCACCUCUCUGACCUAUUUUCUUGUAUGAUUUUCAUUGUGAUGAAUUUGGCAAUGAUAAAUGAAUGAGUUAAAAUUUAGGCACACAGGAGGUACCUGGCAUUCUCCUUGUUUCAUGGGUGAUGCUUAGGGCAGGCUUCCAUGUCAAAGUUUUGAUUUGUCUUGUUUGCAUUUUGUUCUCAAGUUUUGGGUGGUAAAAGGGUUGACUAUAUUUUACAUGAUUUACCUAUGUGAUGGAUUCCUGUCUUUCUAGAUUCUUUGAGAUGAAUGAUUUCAUAUACUUUUCAGGAGAAGGAGAGAGAGAAGAAACCCAAGAAGGAGAAGAAAGAUAAAGAGAAGAGAGAAGAUAAAGAAAAGAGGGAGAAAGAUAGGAGUGAUGGAAAGCAUAGGGAUAAGAAAGACAAAAAGGAAAAGCAUAGAGAGAAAAAGGAGAAGGAUAGAGAGAAAAGUAGCGCAUCAGAUGAAAAGAGACUUCCGGGGCAAGCUAAGCUUGACAAUGGAGGAGAUAAAGCCUCAGGUGAAAGGAAACUUCCUGGGCAAUCUAAGCAUAUCAAUGGAGAUAAAGCCUUGGAUGGCAGGAAACUUCCAGAGAAAUCUGAGGGUAAUGGUGGAGAGAUUAUUGCUCAGAAGGGUAAGGAAAGGGAUGAGGAGAAGAAUAGCAUCUCUGGUGAGAAGAAAUUUGCUGGGCAAUUUACAGGUUACAAUGGUCAGAAGCUCAUUCAAAUUAACAGCAAUUUAUCUCACCAUACUAAGGAUUCUAAAUUUUUACAAGAGCUGGGAAAAAGAGCCAGAGAUGAAGACAAAAACCAGUUCUUUGAGAAGUUUCCUGGUAAAGAUGCAAAAGGGGAUGAGGGAAUGGUCAGACUGGUGGCGAAAUCCCCUGGCAAUUUGGUUGAUGGAAAAGAAAAGAACAAGAGAGAUGAUGAUGGAAACAUGGAUGGUCAAGGAAUCAGGGAUGAAGCAAGAUUUAAUGGCAGUACUCAGAGCCUUUCUGCAACAUUUCAAGCUAGAUGUGCUGAGACGCCAAGACAACUGGAGAAAGACAUCAAGAAGAUGGAAGGGAAGGAUAAGUCUGAAAAAAAGGAAAGCAAUCAUAAGCGCAAGUAUAAAGAGAAAAAAGGCAAAGAGAAGGAUAAAGUCAAGGAUAAGGAGAAGAAAAGUGAGGAGAAACCAAAGGAGAAAAGUGAGCAUAAGAAGAAAGAGCAAGAUAAAUUGAAGGAAAGUGGUAGGUCUGAUGCUGUAGCUAAUAAUACUGUAAAACCCUCUCAUCUUCCCAAGGAGAUCACUAAUAGUGCUGUUGAUGAAGUAAAUAUCAAGAAACGAAAGGACUCAGACACAAAUGGAUUUUUGCAUGCUAAUGAUAUUAAGCCGGAUAAGUUGCCAAGAUCCGCCUCGUCCUUGCCUCUAUCAGCUGGGAAUGGAAGGAUGUUGGGAACUUGCCAAAAUCCCACUGCAGCUAUGCGAGGUAAGCAGGAGGCUGUCAAUAAUGAUAAGGUGGAUAAUAAAGGACACAAGAUAAAUGGUUUGAUAGAAACUCAAGCUCUGUCGAUCUCCUCAACAACUCAGCCGCCAUCUAUCUCUUUAAUGAAGCCGUUGCAUUCAACUGCACAAACGGAUCAAAUAGCAGAAGUGUCUAAGAAACAACCCCAUCCAGAUUCCAAGUAUCUGCCUUAUGUGCUUACAGUGCCCAAAAUGGAAGAUUGUUCUGAUUUCGAGGACCAAGAAUGGCUAUUUCAGAGCACUGAUUCCCAAGCAAAGAAGCCCAAGGUUGGAUUUUCAGGGGUCGAGGAGAAACCACUGGUGUGGUCAGAAGCUCUACACUUUGAGUGGGCUGAUGUUUAUGCGCUGCCAUACGUGAUUCCCUAUUGAUGAUUUCAGCAAUUGGACAUGGUUGACUAUCCGGAACAAUCUAAUGUGUUGGACCCUCCGUAUAACCACAUCGAGGAGAGGUAUGGCAACAUCUAGGCAUUGGGUUGGUUAUUCGAUUAUCAAGCUGCAUUUUUCUGAUUCCUUAGGACAGUUUAGUCUGCAACUGCCAGGGUAUCGAGGCAGUAGUGAUGCGCAUUCUUUAACUGCCUGAGUUUUGAAAAGGUGGUGAAUGCAAGCUAAUGAUCCCAGACACUUCAUUGCAUGCCGGAGCGAGCACGAAUAGAAAGGUAUUGUUGAUGGGCAGGUUUUUCCUCCUUUCCUCCCGGCACGGUAUCACUAAUUAAUUCAGAAAAAGUAAUUGAGCAGGGUUGCUUGGAAGAGAUGCACAAGCCUGUGCAGUUUUAUUCUAUUUGCCUUUAGCCAAAGCUCUUUCCAGUUGAAAAAUGUAAGAGGAAGUGGCUGUGGUCUUGGCAACUCCACAAAAAUUUUGAUUUGUAACAUACGAGGCUUAAUUUACAGAAAAUAUUAUAUAGAAGAAAAGUAGUGGCAUUCAUUAAUUCACCA